AUGAAUCAAAAUCAAGCAUUGAAUAGACUUAGAAAAGAAUUGGCACAAAUUAAAAAGAACCCCAUUGAACAUAUUGAAUGUUGUCCUUUGGAAAAUAAUUUGUUUGAAUGGCACUAUGUCAUUCAUUCAUUACCCUAUGAGCCAUACAAAGGAGGAUUUUAUUAUGGUAAAAUUGUUUUUCCUGUUGAUUAUCCCUACAAGCCACCGAGUAUUGAACUCAUCACUCCGAAUGGAAGAUUUAAGACCAAUACACGAAUUUGUAUGAGUAAUACUAAUUUCCACAAAGAGAGCUGGAAUCCCUUGUGGAACGUUUCCUCAAUUUUACAAGGUUUUUUGAGUUUCAUGUUGGAAGAAGAUGCGACCACCUAUGGAUCCAUGACUUCUACACAUGAAGAAAAGAAGCGCCAAGCAAAGAGUAGCGCUGAAUUUAAUUCUAAAAUUCCAUUAUAUUGCAAAUUGUUUCCUGAAUUAGUUGAAUUAGCAAAGAGAAAUGCUCGAGAGGCACACCAGGCUUCUGGAUCUUCAAAUCAGGGCAUUGCUUCUCCGAUCGAAGAAGCAAGCACCUCUGGAAAUAACUUUUAUUCGUGGAUUUUGGCAAUUAUUGUAGUGCUUAUUGUUAUUUACAUUGCAAAGUGA